AUGCAAAAGCAUGGAAUCUUAACAAGGCAGUUAACAACAAAGCAGCCACGCAGCAAACUACUACUGAAACCUCACUCUUUUAUUUCAUUUCGCCGAGGGUUUUCUCAGAAUGUCACACGAUUACUAGAAGAAAAGAAACCAAACAAACCAUUCUUACCAACCUAUGACCCUAAAACGGUCGAAGAAGGCUGGUACGACUGGUGGAGUAAGAAUGGGCUCUUUAAAGCAAGCAGCGCUGACUACUCUAAUAAGUCCAAAGGACCAGAAUUCACCAUGAUCACUCCGCCGCCCAAUGUUACUGGUUCACUGCAUAUUGGCCACGCAUUGACCUUUAGUAUUGAGGAUGCAAUCGUACGCUGGCGACGUAUGAACGGGUACGACGUCAAAUGGAUACCUGGUAUAGAUCAUGCAGGCAUUGGAACACAAUCUGUAGUAGAAAAGAUGCUGAUGAAAGAGCGUGGAUUGACACGACAUGAUUUGGGCCGUGACUCGUUCGUAAAGGAGAUUUGGAAUUGGAAACAGACGUAUGGUGAUCGUAUACUGCAUCAGAUGAGAAGGAUGGGUGCAUCUCUUGACUGGGAUCAAGAGUUUUUCACAAUGGACGCAAAGAGGUCAAAGGCUGUUCAGAACGCGUUCAUGCAGUUGUUUAAGGAUGGUCUUAUCUAUCGUGACACCAGACUUGUGAAUUGGUGCUGUGCAUUAGAAACUGUGAUAUCAGAUAUUGAAGUGGAUUAUAAGGAUAUUCAAGGAAGAACGAUGAUACAGUUACCAGGCAGAAGCAAACCCGUCGAGUUUGGAGUAUUGCAUAAUUUUUCUUACAAGGUGGCUGAUCCAGAUCAGAAUGGACUUACAGAGCUUAUAGUAUCGACAACUCGUAUUGAGACUAUGCUAGGUGAUUGCGCUGUUGCUAUUCAUCCUGAUGAUGAAAGAUACAAGAGCUUACAUGGCAAGUUUGUUUACCAUCCAAUUCAUGGGAAUAAGAUUCCUAUUAUUUGUGAUAAAGAGCUUGUUGAUAUGGAAUUCGGUACUGGUGUAGUCAAGAUUACACCAGCACACGACCCGAAUGAUUACGCAUGUGCUCGUCGACAUCAUCUUCCUGUUAAAAGCAUAUUUGAUAAAAUGGGUAGAUUGAAUGAACAGUGUGGGAUAAUGGAGUGGGUCGGUCGUGAUCGAUUUGAUGUGAGAGAAGGUGUGAUUGAAAAAUUGAAAGAGUUGGGGAGCUAUAAGGGUAGAGACGAUAAGCAUGUCAUGCGUAUUGCUCUUUGCUCGAGAUCAGGGGAUAUUAUUGAACCUCUGCUUCAGCCACAGUGGUACCUGAAUUGCCGUGAACUGGCCAACGUAUCCAAGAAGCAAGUGGAGGAGGGCAAGAUGAGAAUUUUGCCGGAAACUUAUACUCAAGAAUGGUAUCGAUGGCUUGAUAAUAUCCAGGACUGGUGCAUAUCACGACAACUGUGGUGGGGGCAUAGGAUUCCUGCUUACCAAAUAAGGUUGAAUGAGCAUCAUGAUCAAGAUCUUUGGGUAACAGGAAAUGACACAGAAGAUGCCCGAUUGAAUGCCAAGAGGCUCUUGGCAGACAAAGGCUAUUCCAAGAAUACGCCUUUUGAGCUCAAGAAGGAUGAUGAUGUACUGGAUACAUGGUUUUCUUCUGGUUUGCUGCCGCUCUCUGCAUUAGGAUGGGAUGGUGUUCAAAACAAAACAAUCCCUGAUCGAUAUCCACUUCAAGUGAUGGAAACGGGAUUUGAUAUCCUAUUCUUUUGGGUCGCUCGAAUGGCCAUGUUGGCCAAUUAUUUUACAGAACAUAAGCCACCGUUUGAAACGAUCUUUUUGCACCCUAUGGUACGAGAUGCACAAGGGCGUAAAAUGUCCAAGUCGCUGGGCAACGUGAUUGACCCAUUGCAUGUUAUCGAGGGUGUCAGCUUGGAAAGGAUGAAGCAAGACUUGCUCAAAUCAAAUCUACCACAAAAGGAAAUUAGCACGAGCGUAAAAAAUCUAGAAAAAGAGUAUCCACACGGAAUUCCCAGCUGUGGCACAGACUCACUGCGAUUUGCGCUUAUACAAUAUACACAGCAAUCUAGACAGAUCAAUUUAGACAUUUCCAAUGUGAUCCAAACAACGCACUUUUGUAAUAAGCUCUGGAACCUUUUCAAAUAUGGCUUGAAUAAGCUGGAUGAGAACAAUAUUGACUAUAAGAGUAUCGACAAGGAUCAACUGUCCCUUGUCAAUCGUUUUAUUUUAUCAAGAAUGGCAAACACAGUAUCCAAGUGUCAGACUUCUUUUGAAAGCUUUCGAUUGUUUGAAGCAGCAGAUGCAUUAAAGAGAUUUAUUGUUGAAGAUGUAUGUGACGUCUAUGUUGAGUUCUCCAAGUCAGUGUUGAAUCCACAUAAUGAAGAUGAACAAGACAAGAUGAAUACGAUGAAAAUAUUGUAUGCAUGUAUGGACGUUUCAUUGAGACUGGCUCAUCCCUUUAUGCCAUUUGUUACAGAGGAAUUAUGGCAACAAACACGGUCAAGACUACCUAUUCUUCAUGGCAGAAACACUCCUUCUAUUAUGGUGGAAGAAUAUCCUGAUCCGAAUGAAUUCAGCCAAUUUUACGAUAAUGGUGUUGAAAAUCAUUUUAAGGUUAUUCUCUCCAUCAUUCACGCUUCCAGAUCCCUUAGACAAGGCCACCAGAUUAGUAUUAGCAAAAAAUUACCAUUUAUUAUUUGGUGUAAUGAGUUUGAUUUGAUAAGCGGACCUCUUCAGAGCUACACGAAGGAAAUCAAGAAAUUCACUAAGGCAUCAAGUGUUGAAAUUAAUGAUAAACAGCCAAAUGAUAUGCAUAGCUAUACUGUCAAAGUGAUUAAUGAAAACUUGAAAAUUUUUGUACCAACCACCGACAUCAUCAAAGCUCAGUUAGAGAAUGCCGCAGCAAAGGGGACUGACAUGAGCAUGGCAAUAGAGCAUAAAAAUAAGCAAUUGACAAAAAAGCUAAACAAGAUCAUGAAUGAUGUAGAAAAGCUACAAGUGCGUAUGAGUCAAAACGGUUAUAGUGAUUCCGUACCAGAAUCAAUACAAGAAAAGAACAAACAGCGUCUAAUUAUGCUUCAUCUCGAAAGAGAUACACUAGAAAAUGAUUUACGGCUUUUGCAAACCAUAAUCAAUAAAGAACACUAA